AUGGAUUACGAGAUGGACCUGGAGCCCACUGGGCCUCAAGUCACCGUGCGUGAGGUUGAGCCAUACCGUGUUGAUUUCCGGCUGACUUCCGUGGAUCUGUCGCUUGCCAACUCUCUCCGCCGCGCGAUCCUCGCCGAAGUGCCCAAUGUCGCCCUCGAUCUGAUCGAAAUCGAGAACAACACCUCAGUCAUCCCUGACGAGAUGCUGGCUCACCGUCUCGGCAUGAUCCCUCUGAACGCGAAGAACUGCGACCAGGAUCUCGAAUAUACACGUGACUGUGACUGCGACUCCGCUUGUGUGCGCUGCAGCAUUACACUCUCUCUCCACGCGCGCUGUGGUAACGGCAUCAUGCCCGUCUACGCGCGCGACUUGAUUGUCCAGGGCGAGCGCAUGAAUGACACAAUUGGCGAUCCAGUCAUCACUGACCCGGAACACAAGGGCCCCUUGAUCUGCAAGCUGCGAAAAGGCCAGGAGAUUAAGUUAACCUGUCUGGCAAAGAAGGGCACGGCGAAGGAGCACGCCAAGUGGGCGCCCACUUCCGCUGUGGGCUUUGAGUAUGACCCAAAUAAUAAUCUGCGGCAUGUGGAUUACUGGUAUGAGCAGGAUCCCAUCAAGGAAUGGCCUGUCUCGGAAAAUGCAGCCUGGGAACCCGUCAACAACCCAGACCAGCCUUUUGACUAUGAUGCCGAACCUGGCACUUUCUACGUAGACGUGGAGAGUAUCGGAAACAUGGAUCCCGACACGAUCAUUCAACAGGGUAUUAUCGUUCUACAACGCAAGCUGGCCACUACCGUCUCCGUUCUGUCCGGCGAGGGUGAGGAUGGCCACGCCGGUGGCCCCGACGACGCCGAGAUGAUGGGCGCCGGCGACCCCGAUGCAUACGAACCCCCGGAGGGCAUCGAUGGGAACCUGACCUCGUACGGCAACGGCGCCAAUAGUGCGUGGGGUGCCAGCGCCCAGACUCCGUAUGGCGCAACGCCGUAUGGCCAAAGCGCCUAUGGCUUUUGA